AGCAUUGCUACGCUGAUAAGGAAUCGCUGAGUUUCCUUGAGUGACCACCGUCAUGUCAGGCAUUCAGCCCGAGUUCACGGACUCCGAGUCCGCUUCGUUUCUAAAUGGGGAGGCCAAAGAAAUGCCAUCACGGGAGGGGGGUAAAGCUGCGCGCUGGAGACUCUGGUCGCCAAUCUCACGCUCCCUGCCGUGCAUGUUGUUGUUGGUUGGUAUCUUUCUGGCCUUGGUAAUACUUGUUGUCUCUUCAAGAGGGAUUGAACAAAAGAGCCUUCUCCCAUCUCAAUCCAUGUUCGGUAAAAUCCCCAAAAGACUCGUCGUUUUUAACCCCGAUGAGAGCUACAACGACGAUCCGUUUGGACCAGAUAAACUGGAAAGCGCAUGGAGUAAACUGUCACCACCUGGGAAAGGGCAUAUCCGGGUUGAGAAUCCGGAGGCGUGGAAGCUCUCUGGAGGAUUUCCCUUGGAGGACUUGGCCGGGUCUGGAGCUGAGGAGUAUACCAUAUCCGUGUUUCAUCAGCUGCACUGUCUGGCAGCAAUAAAGUCCAAGAUGUCCCGACUACAGGACUGGUACAAGGGCGAAAACGAUAAGGAAUACUUGACGUUUGCUCUCGGCGAAGGCCAAAUCUCGGAUGAUCAUAUCUACCAUUGUUUUGAUUACAUCCGCCAAGCGAUCAUGUGCAACGGCGAUACAACAUUGGAGAAGCCGAGGACGGUGGACGGAAGAAUCGUGCGAGGGGUGGAUGGUUGGGGUGUUGCGCAUGAAUGUCGCGACUAUGAUGCGAUAUAUGCCUAUGCAGCUGAACACCGGAGUGGCAAUCUCACUGGAAUUGAUUAA